UCAUUUCAGAUUCUCUUCGCCUGCGUCGUGUGCGCCAUCGCGCGCCCCGAGCCAGAGCCACCACGUGCGCGCAUCGUCGUGCCUGCGAAACAGCAGCAACUUCCUCAGUAUGAGUACGGGGCGCCGAAACCUGAGUAUGGUCCACCGGCCGAAGAGUACGGUCCCCCACCUCCGGCCGUCUACGGUCCACCGGCCCGCGAGUAUGGACCACCGCCGAAGCUGAUCACCAAGAACGUCUACGUGCACGUGCCGCCAGAGGAACCAACGGAGGUCAUCAAAAGCCAGGUCCUUGAGGCACCGAUCCCGAAGAAGCACUACAAGAUCAUCUUCAUCAAGGCCCCGGCACCGCCGGCGCCGAUCAAACAGGUGAUCCCACCGCAGCCGCAGGACGAGCACAAGACUCUGGUCUAUGUGCUGGUAAAGAAACCAGAGGAACCGGCGCCGCUCGAGAUCCCGGUACCGGAAACCACCGAGCCCAACAAGCCGGAAGUCUACUUUAUCAAGUACAAGGAAGGCGAGAAGGAGCCUCACAAACAGUACGGACCACCCUCCCCCAGCUAUGGUCCCCCGUCCGGUCCGGCCCGGUAUCAGCAGUUUUAG